AUGUUACAGGAAGAUACUACAGAACUAAAAGCUGAGCUGGUCAGAAAAGAUGAACUCAUCAGGAAGCACUAUGAUAAACUGGUUCAGUGGCAGAAUAUGUUGGCAGAUGUGCAGGGAGUCCAGCCGUCUAGUUCCUCUGUGAGACCCCAAGGUGGACCUGGAAUGCUUCAGUUGGGACCUCCUGGUGGUCCAGGGAUACCUCCUCAGGGACUUCCUGGGGCUCCUCAUUCAUCCUUUGGUCCAGGGGGCUUCAACAGAAUGCCAGGACCUCAGAUGUACGGUGGAGGCCAAUCCUUGCAAGGUCCUUUAGCAUACCUAGAGAGGACAACCUCAAAUAUCGGAGGACCAAUUCCUAACUCGAUGCCUGGAGGGAUGACCAGCAUGGGAAUGGGGGGCAUGGGUAGUAUGGGAGGCGGGGGGAUGGGAAUGGGAGGAGGUGGAGGAAGUAUGAAUAUUUUCAGAUUAAAAAUGGAGGAUUUAUCGUCCGCCGAAGUUGUUAGAUUUCGGAGUAAAAUCAGUUUAGGUAUGCUGCUAGAGGAUCAAUGGAAGAAUGGAACAUUUCAAACAGUUAAACUAAUUUGCAAGGACAAAGAGAAAAUGUCUCUGAACCCCAUGUUCUUAAAUCUUCUUUUCCCAGUCAUGUUAGAUAAGAUAAAUCUGGAGCUGCAUGAUAUUAUUCUGCUUCCUAUGCACGAUAAAUCUUCAAUUAAAUUUUCAAUCAACCAAUUACUCAGUUUGUGUCCUGAAGAACAGGAGAUGAAACCAAGCAGGAGCAGGAGCAGCAUUAAAAUGGAAACAGCAUUGUCUGUUCCUAAGAACAGCGAGGGCAAUCAGUUUCGUGAUCCUGAAAACGAUCCUGCGUUGUUUUUGGACCAAACUGGUGAAGCCUAUGACGAUAAUGAUAAUGCUGAUGAUUAUGAAGAGGUUGGUGAACCCCCUCACCAGCCAACUCUAAUGAAAGAGAAAAAGAAAAUCAGGAAAUCUGUUAUUUGGGAUUUCUUUACGCAAGUCGAAAACAACUAUGUUAGCUGCAAGGAGUGUGAAGCUAAACUGUCAGCUAAGAAUGCUAGCUCUAAAUCUUUAGUGGUUCAUCUCAAAUCUAAGCAUCCAGUCUUGAAUUCAUCUUAUGAAGAGCUGAAGAGAAAACAGGACUCUAGUAAAGCAGAGUUUUUGGCUCAACCUCAGCACACUUUGCGAAAUACAGAGAAGAGAUCUGUUGCCUGGAAGUUCUUUAAACCUGUCUCCUCCGAGAAAGCUUGUUGUUUACAGUGCUCUGCUAUAAUCUCAACUAAAGUUGGAUCCACUAAAGGAUUGAUAACUCACAUAAAAGCAUUUCAUCCUGCUCAGUAUUCUGAAUUCUUGACUAACAAGACAGCUGGAAAAGAUAAAUCAAGUGAUAAACGGAACCCGAAAGAUGGUAAACAGGAACCAAUACAGAGCGCUCAGUGUGCUCUGUGCUCAGACCGCUUUAGUGACGAGGAAAUUAUGGGAUGUCCCUUAAGAAAAUGCCACGCACGGUUCCACUAUAGGUGUAAACCUCCACUGUUCAAUGGAUUGGAUGGUCUAGAGUUCUGCCCAAUAUGUUCUGCUAGGGAGAACAAGAAGUAUAGACUAUGCACUGAAUGUGGAAAAUCAGUGCAGAAUAUUUCAAAGCAUUUGAACAUGCAUCGAGGAAUUAAACCAGACCGUCUCCAAUGCCAUAUUUGCGAGAAAACACUUUGCUCGGCAAAUGCGCUCAAAGUUCACGUGGAAACAAUUCAUGAAGGUAUCCGAAGAUUUUCCUGCAAGUUUUGUGAGAAUUCAUUUAUCUACAGUUCACACUUGAAAAGACAUAUUCUAGUGGUGCAUCAUAACUAUAAAAACCCCAAGGCAAUUUGUCCUGAGUGUGAUAAACAGUUUAAAUUUAUUUCAACAAUGAGAAGACACAGAAGAGUAGAACAUCUGGGUGAGGUGGUACAGAAGAAAUAUUUCUGCUCACAAUGUAAACAGAUGUUUUUUAAGGAGUCUCUGUUAACUGCACAUUUAAAGGAACAGCAUGGAAUACAACAUCCGAGGAGGAAGACAGGGAAAGCCAGAGAUUCACUUGUGGAUAGAAGAUCUAUAUUAGAUGAGUAUCCAAACCUAAUUAAGCCUGAAGAUCUAGAUUUCCAAACCUGAUAAAACCAGAAGAUCAAGAUUUUCAAACCAGAUAAAACCAGAAGAUAUAGAUUUCCAAUCCAGAUGAAACCAGAAGAUCUAGAUUUCCAAACCUAAUUAAACCAGAAGAUCUAGAUUCCCAAAUCGGAUAAAAUCAGAAGAUCUAGAUUUCCAAACCUGAAAAAAAAACCAAAAGAUCUAGAUUUCCAGACCUGAAAAAACCAAAAGAUCUGGAUUUCCGAACCUGAUGAAACCUUCUAGACUUCCAAACCGUUUUCUCUAUUCAUACAAAUUAUCUCCUUAAUUCUUAAUCCUGUCCUGUAGCAUGAAUUGUUUUUCAGA